UUUAUUUUAAUAUUUAAUAUUAUGUUAUAUUAAUAUUUCUUAAUAUUAUGUUCAGUAAGCUGUAUUGAAAAUUUUUACUUCUUUUCAAAUUUAAAAUUUAAGAUUAUGUUGUAAUAUAGUUAAAAUCUUCAAGAUAUCAUCCUAAGUAUUAUUAUUAAGCAAUUGCUAAUUUUAACAUUCAUUCUGGCUACGGUUUGCUGUUACGUUUAUAUUGGCCUUGAUCCAGAACAAUGAAUGCCAACCGUUAAAAAAUAAUUUGCGAUCGUUACUAAGGUCAAUGAAGGCUGAAGUUAGUUUGUAAGUUAAUCGGUCAGUCAGUCAGUCGUACAUCAGCGUUUGAAAAUAAUCUAAUUUGUGGUACUUUGUGUAGCAUUCUUAUACCCUCGUGAACUUAUAAAUUUUGUAUCAUUUAUACAUUAAGAUACCAAAAUGGCUACAGAUGCAAAGAAGAGGGUGUGCAUUGUAGGAAGUGGUAACUGGGGCUCAGCUAUUGCAAAAAUUAUUGGUGCCAAUGUAGUAAAAUUUAAUAAUAAAUUUGAAACACGCGUAACAAUGUACGUUUACGAAGAAAUAGUGAAUAGCCAAAAGUUGAGUGAUAUUAUCAAUCAAUUACAUGAAAAUGUGAAAUAUCUUCCUGGACACAGACUUCCAGAAAAUAUUGUUGCUAUUCCAGACGUUAUUGAAGCUGCAAAAGAUGCAGAUAUUCUUAUUUUUGUAUUACCUCAUCAAUUCAUAAGAACAUUGUGUGCAACUUUACUCGAUAAAAUUAAACCUACUGCAGUCGGAGUAUCACUAAUUAAGGGUUUUGAUCGAGGGGAUGGAGUAAAUAUCGAACUUAUCUCUAAAGUCAUUGAAAAAAAUUUAAGAAUUCAAUGCUAUGUUUUAAUGGGUGCUAAUUUAGCUAAUGAAGUUGCUGAAGAGAAGUUUUGCGAGACAACUAUUGGCUGUAGAGACAAACGUUUGGCUCCACUUUUAAAGGAUCUUAUUCAAACCUCCAAUUUCAGAGUUUCAAUUGUUGAAGAUUGUGAAGCAGUUGAAGUAUGUGGUGCUUUGAAAAAUAUUGUGGCAUGUGCUGCUGGUUUUGUAGAUGGUAUAGGAUUAGGAGAUAAUACAAAAGCAGCUAUUAUUAGACUUGGAUUAAUAGAAAUGGUUAGAUUUGUAGAUACAUUUUAUACUGGUUCAAAACUUGCAACAUUUUUUGAAAGUUGUGGUGUGGCAGAUUUGAUAACUACAUGCUAUGGUGGAAGAAAUCGUAGAGUUUGCGAACAAUAUGUUAAAACUGGCAAAACCAUUAGACAACUUGAAGAAGAACUUUUAGCUGGUCAAAAAUUGCAAGGACCAGCUACAGCUGAUGAAGUUCACGGAAUGUUAAAAGCUCGUAAUUUAACAGACAAAUUUCCAUUGUUUACUACAAUACAUCGCAUCUGCACUGAACAAAUACGACCAGCAGAUUUAAUUAAUGAAAUACGUGCUCAUCCAGAACUACCAACAAUUGGAGAUGUGCAGAAUGAAUAAUUGAAUUAAUUAAUUAAUGUAUAAAUAUUAUUUUCUGUUAACAUCAGUAUCACAAAUCAUUUAGAAAUCAUUAAAAACAAAAGAUCAAUACUAGAAGAAAUAUAUAAUAUAAUAUAUAAUAUUGCAGAUAUUUUGCAAUAAUUAGUUUUUACAUUAUUUAUAAUUGGUUUCAAUUACAAUAUUGUUUCCUCUUUAAGAUAAAUAUACAAUUGUAUUGUAAGAUAUAUAAGAAAAUAAUAAAUAUAAUUCUUCUAAAAUAA